GAAGAGAGUAUUGAGUUCAUUUGAGAAGUCAGGAUCCCAGGACGUUUCCAAGUUGGAUUUGGUGCUCUUGAAUGCCAUGUCUCAGUACAAAGAUAUCAACAUGCCAUACUUCAGCCACAAAAACCAAACGUACAAGAAGAUGUACGCCAUACAUGCGUUGAAUCAUAUUUACAAGACCAGAGAUCUGAUUUUGAAAAACAAUGCCAGACUUCACAACUAUCAAGAAAACCUCAAACUGGGUAAAACCCCAGAAGAAGUAGAAUACCGAGAUCAGGGAUUCACCAGACCCAAGGUGUUGAUAUUGCUUCCCACCAGAGAAGCAUGCUAUGAGAUAGUCAGUUUGUUGAUAAAGUAUUCGGGUACCGAACAGCAAGAAAACAAAAAACGGUUCACUGGCCAGUUUCAUGUCGAUGCGGUUCCACCACCAACCAAACCAGACGACUUCAAGCACUAUUUCAAGGGCAACACAAACGAUUUCUUCACCAUAGGUAUCAAGUUUACCAGAAAAUCCUUGAAGUUAUACUCAUCGUUCUACUCUUCCGAUAUCAUUCUUGCGUCCCCAAUUGGCUUGUCGAUGAUAUUGGAGCAUGAAGAUAAAAGGAAACGGGAACAAGACUUUUUGUCAUCCAUCGAAGUGGUGAUUGUCGAUAACGCAAACCAGUUGGAAAUGCAGAACUGGAGCCAUAUAAACACCGUGUUCAAGUACUUGAACAGUGUUCCAAAGAAGUUUCACGAUGCAGACUUCUCACGAAUCAGAAUGUGGUCCAUCAACGAUAAAGCCAAUUUCUUUACCCAAAAACUCGUCUUCAGUGAGUACCAGACCCCCAACAUCAAUAACAUUGUCAAUAAAAGCACCAACAUGGCCGGUAGAGUCAAGUUCAAGAAAGUCAUUACUUCCGAUAACUGUAUCAUGAACGCAGUUGGGUUAAAAGUUAAACAAGUGUUCCAGCGGUUUGACUGUGAAAAUCCCACGGAAGACCCUGACGGUCGGUUCAAGUUCUUCACCAACUCGGUGUUUGGAUCUGUUUCAAACUCCACCAGUUAUGACGAUGGGCUUUUGAUUGUCAUACCCUCAUACUUUGACUUUAUUCACGUGAAAGACUACAUGCAAAACCACUCAAAAGUGACUUUUGCAGCCAUUGAUGAGUAUACGUCGCAGUCCAAGUUGACAAAGGCCAGGCAGCAGUUUAUUUCUGGAGAUGUCAAAAUCUUGCUCUACAGCGAAAGACUUCAUCAUUUCCGGAGAUUCGAGAUUGCUGGAGUUAAGAACAUCCUUUUGUACGGAGUUCCCACCAACCCGCUUUUCUACAAAGAGUACUUGAAGUUCAUUGGCAAGUCUGUGUUCAACGGGCUUGUGGACUUGAAUCUCUCGUUUGUGAAAACCAUCUACUCCAAAUGGGAUGCAGUGGCUUUGGAGAGGAUUGUGGGAAACCAGAGAGCACCUAUUUUGUGCAACUCGAUAAACGAGACCUACGAGUUCAAAUGAUCGACAUCCGUAAUGUGCAUUUAGUAGUUAGGAAUGUAUAGAUUUAUCCAAUGCUUUCACGGGUACUAAAUAUAAUAGUGUACAAGGCAUAUACCGCCAGCCGAUUUCAUGUCCAGACCUGUUUCACGGCCAUCACCACCAACCCGAGACUGACGUACGGGCUCAACCGUUCACCGACUCGGGCAAACUUCCAAAACACCCCAAACACUCCUGUUUUGUUUCUAUCUAAGAUACUGGGCCAAGUGGCGUGGACGUAAGUACACGUACAUAUUAAAAGGAGAAUCACCUGCAAGAGAGACUGGAAGUUGAACAACGCAGACAUUGGUUUAGUGUUGAGAAGA